AAUAUAAGGAGCAACUCAAAAAUCAAAACAAAAUUAUGCACAGGUUUUAAGUUAACUGAUACUCCGGCCAUUACUCCGUAUAUGAGAUUAAUUAUGAGAAGUUGAUUUUGGAAAUGAGUAUAUAUAGAUACUUGAAUCGGAUCUGAUCUGAAGCUAAUCGCAGUGCCAAUUCGAUCUCCAUCUACACAAUCCUUGGAUUCGCCGUACAAUAAAAUAUAAUGAGCUAUUAUAAUCAGGGCCAACAACCACCACCUGUUGGGGUUCCUCCUCCUCAAGGUUAUCCCCAGCAAGAUGCUGCUUACAACAAAGAUGCAACACCUGGCUACCCACCCCCACAAGGUUACCCACAACAAGGGUAUCCCCCACAAGGGUACCCUCCCCAAGUGUACCCUCCUCAGGGGUACCCUCCCCAAGGAUACCCACCACAGUAUGUUCCACAGUAUACUGCUCCGCCUCCGCCUCCACCACAGCAACCAGCCAACAACUCUGGUUGUUUGGAAGGAUGUUUGGCUGCACUAUGUUGUUGCUGCCUCUUAGAUGCCUGUUUCUGAGUUCUGAAGAAGACCAAGAGAUAGAUAAGGAGGAGCAGAGCUAAUUUACAGCUGGAGGUAGAGAGGCCUGCAUGCCCUGCUUUAUUAGUUUAUUAGUUGAUGAUUAUGGCAUGAGACUCUUUGGUCAAUAGCUUUAAUUUCUAGCUUCUCUUGUGUUUGUUUAGUGAUUCAUUUAAAUAAUUGGUAGUUGGUACCAUUCAGAAUCUCAUCUCUCACUGUUUGUACAAGUAUUACUUACAUGUGUUUCAUCCAUCCAAUGUUUUUACCGCCUCGUUACGGUAACUCUGUAACGAGGGGCGUAGCCAAUAGUAUGACUUGGGCUGGG